AUGGCAAAGCUUAUAUUCAUCAUCGCCUCUCAAAUCCUCCUCCUCGCAGCCAUUGUCAACUCCGGAAAAGGCGAAGACUUUGCGAAAACCAUUGACCGAAAACACUUUGGUCUUCGUAAGGAGAAACUCACUUUUUUCCGUGUCUACUGGCACGACAUCCUAAGCGGCUCAAACCCUAGUUCGGUCUCGAUCCGACCUCCUGUCUCCAACUCUUCCUUCUUCGGAGCGGUCACUGCAAUCGAUAACCGAUUAACUACGGAGGUUUCGGUGAACUCUACUUUAGUGGGUAAGGCUCAAGGGGUCUACGCGGCUACUGGUCAGAGCGAUGUAUCUUUGCUUAUGGUGAUGAACUUUGCGUUUACGACAGGGAAGUAUAACGGAAGUACGAUCUCGAUUCUUGAUCGGAACGCUGUGUUGACCAAGGUUAGAGAGAUGCCGGUGAUCGGAGGAAGUGGACUCUUCCGAUUCGCUGGAGGUUAUGUUGAAGCUCGGACCAUGUGGUUUGACCAAAAGUCAUUAGAUGCUACGGUUGAGUAUAGUUGUUUUGUCUUGCAUUAUUGA